AUCAAUACUUCAGGGUGCUCUAAACAGUGAGCCUCUGGCUAAAUGAUGUGACGCAGCUUGCCGCUCCGUUACGUUUCCAUUCAGUUUGCCUACCGCCAGCUGAGCAGGUUGUAGGAUGGAUCCAGACAGUGGGGCAGAAACACAAAAGGCUGUCAGUUUGCAGUGGAAAAGCUACAAGCUCGUCCAGGACCCUGCCAUCAGGCGGGUCACGCAGAAAAUCUACAGAUAUGACGGAGUGCAUUUCAGCGUGCCAGAUUCGGGAUUUCCUCCCGUCGGAGACCUGCGGGAUCCUCGACCCCGCAGGCUGUGGUCCAGGUAUACAGAACUGUCCCUGCCAGUGCCGAAGUUUAAGCUCGAUGAGUUCUACGUCGGUCCCAUCCCACUCAAGGAGGUGACCUUUGCAAGACUCAAUGACAACAUCAAGGAGCCCUUCUUGGCCGAAAUGUGCGCCAAGUUUGGUGAGGUGGAGGAAAUGGAGAUCCUGUUUCACCCCAAGACCAGGAAGCACUUGGGCCUGGCCCGGGUGUUGUUCACCAGCACCAGAGGAGCCAAAGACACGGUCAAGCAUCUGCACAACACCUCCGUUAUGGGAAACAUCAUUCAUGCUCAGCUGGAUAUAAAAGGUCAACAGAGGCAGAAGUACUAUGAUCUGAUAGUAAAUGGGUCCUACACUCCUCAGACGGUGCCCCUGGGAGGCAAAGCUUUGACGGACAGGGUUCAGGCUCAAGCCCCAACUCAGCCUCAGCCACAGCCUGACACGCCAACGGAAAUGAGGCGGAGGAUUUCCAGCGAACUUGCAGUUCUGGCCGCCGGGGUCCAGGGCAUGACGUCCGGGGGCGCCACGCCGGGUUCUACCGACACCGGCUACAGCGAUCAGCGUUUAGACACCCCCCCGCCGUCCAUGACCGGCCCGUUCACCCCAGGCUCCUCUGCCUCGUCUCAGGCUGGUGGAGGAACGCCUUACAGCUCCAGGUCUGGAACCCCUUUCUCUCAAGACUCAGGCUACACCAGCACCAGGCGAGUUGAAUAUCUUAUAGCAUCGAUAUGGCAGCGUGUUGUGACAUCAGGCAUCAGAUUCUGUGUUGUAGAUUUAGGGGAUGGAGACUCAUGUCUGCACACUGGCUAUAAUACUGGCUCUUUGGGCAGUGGCUACCCUCCCCAGGACAUGCUACCCUCAUCAUCCUCAUCUUCUGCAGUCUCGUCUACUGUGGGGAGCUACAAAGUGUCUCGCUACCCUGACGAUGCGCAGGAGUACCACCGCGGCCGCCCCGUGUACCCUCCAACUGGACCAUACCGUCCCAACGAGCCGCCCUGCUACCCGCCCUACUCCAAUGUUGGAGGACCCGGGCUACACAUGCCGCAUCACUCCUCAAUGCCUCCGCCUCCCAUUUCAAAUCAGUACGACCAGGCCCCGAUGUUGGAGCGGGAGAGGGAGCGGGACAGAGACUCAGGAGGUCGAUACGGAGCGGGCGCGAUUGGCUCCAGGAGGUCGUCUUACCAUCACCAGCAGGACACAAACUCUUCCUCAAAGUACCAUUCCCAUCAUUCCCACCACCACUCGGAGCGCCGGGAGGAAAGGGGGUACCGGCGAGACAGCCUGGGCUCCCGGUCCGUCGACCACGGCCACCAGAGACACCGCAACCACCACCACUCUCACAACCACCACGGCAGCAGCAGCCGCAGGAGGAGCAGCCACGACCGGGACCGAGACCGGGACCGGGACCGGGACAGCGACUACUCCAACAGCUCGGACCCCAGAUACAACUCCAACUCCUACCGCUCCUCCUCCAACAGCCAGUCUCCUCCCCCGUCGUCCUACUCGGCCUACUCCUCCUCCUCCUCCUCCAAAGAGGCUGCCGCCGCCCCCCCCCAGGGGCCGGCGGACGCGUCCAGCCGUCCAGGGAGCGCCGGCCUCACAGAGAGGGCUCCCCUGCCCUCCGCCGGUGCUGACAAAGAGUACCACGCCGCUCACCACAGUACUCUGCCCCCGCCUCCCCCCCCUCCGCCGCCCCUCCCCCCGGCCUCCGUUAUCGCAGCGGCUGUAGCCGAGACUCUCGGGACGCUGGACUUCAACCACGACAGUCCCGUCUGUGAGGACCAGUGGAAGCCCAAACGCCGUCCCAGCACUCCCCCCGCCCCCCCCAAGACGCCGCCGCCACCAUCCUCUCCCGCCCACCCCUCCGCGGCCUCCUCCUCCAACUCCCCUUCUUCAGCCUCCCUCCCUCUCCAUCUUUCCUCCUCCUCCAGCUCGCCGCCCCCCCCUCAUCGGGACUCCUCCUCCCCAGAGCCGGAUUCCACCAAUGAGAGUUUGCCGUUCGUGUAUCACAGCAGCAGCCUGGACUCUCGCAUUGAGAUGCUCCUGAAAGAACAGAAGGCUAAGUUUUCUUUCCUGGCCUCCGACGAGGAAGAGGAGGACAAUGGGAAAGAGGACAAGCCGCGGGGCCGAGGCGGGGAUGGCGCCGAGCGGCGGGGUCGGGCGGGCGACGGCGGCGGGGAGCAGCAGCACGCGGGGGACGGCGGGGAGAAGGAGCAUAGGAAGAAAGGGGAGAGGGACAGAGACGGCCACCGAGGAAGGAAACGGGGAAAAGGGGGAGACAGCAGGAAGAGUCCGACGGUGCCAAAAGCAGCCCCCCUGCCCUCCGCCACGUACCCUCCCCACGUCCCGCCCCCAGAGGAGCCCCAGGCCCCGGUCAGCCUGCCUGUGGCCGGAGCUCCACAGGAGGAGGGCUCUCAGGCUGCUGCGGCCAAUGCGGGGAGCAGGACGGGGGCGCACACGCCUCCUUUUAACGGGCAGAGUCAGGCCUCCCCUCACUCUUCUGGGGAAGACAUGGAGAUCUCAGAUGAGGAGGAGGAGGACACGGCUGCCAUAACAACGGUGACCACCCACCAGCCGCCAGUCACCUCAGGAUCCUCCCCGUCUACGUCUCAGGCUGCGUUAUCACAAACCGCAGACCCCUCGUCUUCACCCCCGCCCAUUUCUGACUCUUCACAGCACUUUGGCAACUCCAUGCACCCUCCCAUACCCUCCUACCCUCCUCAUUUGCCCCCUCCCCCUCCCCCCGGCUACUCCCUCCAGCCUCCGCCUCCACCGGGGAUUCCCCCCCUUCCCCACAUGGAGCUGCACCCCGAAUACCCCCCUCCCAUGCCCCACCACAUGUACGACUACGCCACCUCCAUGGAGCUGAUGAACCAGUACAGCGGGGGCACCCCCAUGUCCUUCCAGAUGCAGACCCACAUGCUGAGUCGCCUCCACCAGCUGCGCAUGUCCUCCUCCAACGGCACCCCCGGCCCGGGGGAGGCCGCCACCGCGGACUACUCCUCCUACCACCUGCACCCGAUGCCACCGCCCCACUCGCACCACCCCUACAUGGACCAAGAGGGCAGCGGGGCGGGGGCUCAUUACGACCAGGACCCCCGCUACAUGCCCCCCCACAUGUCCUACCCCUACGCCGACCCCCACAGCACCCAGAUACCGCCGCACCCUCACCACAACAUGCCCCCCCAUCACGCUGGCUGGCCGCCGCAUGUCCUGCCCCCCCACUACGCGCCCUACCUGCCCCCGCCCGGCUACAGCACCCUGCUGCCCGCGGACGGGGAGGAGUACCGGGCUCCCGGAGAGGAGAUGCCCAUGCUGGCCGACGGUCCGCACGAGGCCACGGUGCAGAUGGUUCUGGCCACCUUGAUCCAGGAAAUGAAAAACAUCAUGCAGAGGGACUUGAACCGCAAGAUGGUGGAGAAUGUAGCCUUUGCCACUUUUGACGAAUGGUGGGAGAGGAAAGAGACCAAGGCCAAGCCGUUCCAGACCAUGGUGAGAGGGGUGUCCGCUCUACGGGACGAAGAGAAAAAAGAGGAAAAGGUCAACCGUCCACGGGAGCCUCUCAUGUCUCUUGUGGAUUGGGCAAAGAGUGGCGGCGUGGAGGGCUUUUCUCUGCGUGGAGCCCUGCGAUUGCCCUCCUUCAAGGUGAAAAGAAAAGAACCUCAGGAGUUUGAAGAGGAGGACAUGAAGAGGCCCCGGCCCUCAACUCCACCCGAUGAGGAUGAUGAAGCUGCAGACGGGAGGCAACCAGAAGCAGACCGGCGUGGAGCUGAGAGGGACAACAAGAGGAGGAAAAAGAAGCCAAGAACUCGUAAACCGUGGGAGCUCGACAGCGAGGGAGAGGAAACCUCUGACGGCUCCUCAUCUGAGAAGGCAACCCAUUCAGAUGAGGAAGUGGAAAGUGAAAAAGAGUCAGAUGAUGACGCCCUCAGUGCUGACAGUGAUGACGAGAGCCUCUCUUCAUCCUCCGACGGAUCUUCCUCCUCAGCAUCCUCAUCUUCAUCUUCCUCUGAGGAUGAAGAGGAAGGGGAGCAAGUGGAGAGUGAAGGGCCAGACUCCUUGGAUGACUCAACCAUGGACAGCACAACUGAGAAGGAGGAUGAUGGGGAGCAUAAGGCAGCUGCUCUUUCAAAGGCAGAACUUAAAAAAGGUCUUACAAAGGACAGCAGGGCAGAUCCAGCAGCUUCUACCAAGCACCCUCCAUCUCCACAAUACCCACGGCCCUCGUCUCCCAUUGUUCUUGUACCUCCUCUUAAGAAACGCAGGAAAACGGUCUCAUUUUCCACAGAUGAGAAUGAGGGCAAAACACAUGUGCCAGGUGCACAUCUGUCUCCAUCACAAGCCGCCGGCGAGUCCCUGCUCAUCUCUGGCCGGCCUUCAGACUCCCCCAUCACUGCGGCACUCUCCCCCACGGGUCGCCCCGGCCAGGGAAUCCAGCUCCUCCCCUUCGCCUCCAAACCGGGCGAGGGCAACGCCCUCAUCGUUCCUCCCUCCGAGAGAACCCAGGACUCCGAGGAGUCCAAAAAGGGGCCUCUGGCCUCGCCAACGGCCAUCCCCGUCAAAUCCCCCGGCAAACGGGGCGCAGGCAAGGACUCCCCCAAAGGCGCCGCCCCUCCGGUCAUGGUCUGCCGGACAGUCCAGAACCUGCCGCUGGACCACGCCUCCAUGUGCAGGAUGGCCUUCGAGGAGGCGCCGCCCCCACCGGCCGGCAACAAGCGCUCCAGAGGCAAACCCCGAACGUCCAGCGUGUCCUCUUCCCUCCGGGAGGAGGACGAGGACGAGGAGGACAUCGAGCAGAGGCUGAGACUCAGAGAGCAGCUGGGAGCGUCCAGCCUGCUGCAGCUGGCCUCCUCCACCACCACCGACCUGUCCGUGCUGGCUGACGUAGCCUUAAAAAUGGACCCCGACGCCGGGGACUCCGAGGAGACGGAGACGUCGGACGAAGCGGAGGAGCAGAAGAUGGAGAAAGACCUCUUCUCCCUGGAGUCUCUGGCCCUGGUUAUGAGCCCAGGGGGGGUCAUAGUCUUCAUGGAGCACAACUACUGCAAACCCCCUGUUCUCACAGCACCGUCCACCACCAAAAAGACCUCCUCAAGACAGGACUCAUCAGUCUUACUCCCAGCAGACCUCAACUCUAUUUCUGGGGUUCUGGAGGCACCAGAGGAGGUCAUUGGAGAGGCAGCCCCAUCCAGGAUGGAGGCAGAGCACCUGUCUGCUGUGGGAGAGCUGUGUGACUCGGACAUGAGCCCGCUGGCAGCUAUUUCUCCAUCACCAAAGAAGAAGAGUCACCUCGGCAAGACUGUAGAACUGGAGCAGGAAAAGAGCAAGAAGAGGAGGAGGAAAGACAAAGAAAACAUCGAGCUCCAUCACACGAAAAAACAGAAGGAGCAGCCAAUCAAGAAGCAGAGAAAACGGAAGCUGGAGGUGCGUGGUUUCCUGCAGUUGGUGGACUCGGAGGAGGAUGUGGAUGUGGAGGAGCUCGAGUCCGGGGAGCUGUCCAGCACAGACACGGAGGAUGAGGCGGUGGAAGAGGUGCGGAAGAGCGAGCGCCUCUUCCUGCAGGAGGCCGGGAUGCUGUCAUCCCCCCGCUGGGCCAAACCCGUCCCCGCGCCCGAGCUGCCCGCCGUGAAGUACGAGAACCGCAGCGAGUUUGAGCAGAUGACCAUCCUGUAUGACAUCUGGAACUCGGGACUGGACGGCGAGGACCUGAUGCUGCUGAAGAAAACCUACGAGAAGCUGCUGCAGGACGACCACGGCUCCGACUGGCUCAACGACACCCACUGGGUCAACCACACAAAUAUCCUUUCUCAUGGACCUGUUUUCCCAUUAACACCUUCAUUUGGUUUCAUUUCCAAACCUGCACUAACCAAUCUGCCAAACCCCCGCCGCAAAAAGAAGAGCGCAGACGGACAGCUGCGAGAGCACGUGACCGGUUGUGCCAGGAGCGAGGGCUACUAUGCCAUCAGCCGAAAGGAGAAGGACGUCUACUUAGACCUGGACCUGCCCGAGCAGGUGAUCCGGGAGGUGGAGAACGUGGACAGCUCGGGCGUCAACCGGGUGCUUUCAGAGCGGCGUUCAGAGCAGCGCCGCCUCCUCACCGUCAUCGGGACGACGGCCGUCAUGGACUCUGACCUGCUUAAGCUCAACCAGCUUAAGCUCCGUUUCGGACGCAGCCGGAUCCACGAGUGGGGGCUGUUCGCCAUGGAGCCCAUCGCCGCCGACGAGAUGGUCAUCGAGUACGUGGGCCAGAACAUCAGACAGAUGGUGGCCGACCACCGGGAGAAGCGCUACACGCAGCAGGGCAUCGGCAGCAGCUACCUGUUCCGGGUCGACCACGACACCAUCAUCGACGCCACCAAGUGCGGAAACCUGGCCCGCUUCAUCAACCACUGCUGCACUCCAAACUGCUACGCCAAGGUUAUCACCAUAGAGUCCCAGAAGAAGAUCGUGAUCUACUCGAAGCAGGCCAUCGCCGUCAACGAGGAGAUCACCUACGACUACAAAUUCCCCCUGGAGGAGAACAAGAUCCCCUGUCUGUGCGGCACCGAGAACUGCAGAGGAACGCUCAACUAGCCCCAGCACUUCCCUCCCUCCUUUUACAAACCAGCCAGACCAGGAAAGCCCCCACCGUUCGAUAUCGCAGGGAGAGGAUCGCAACAAAGCUGCCCCCCCCCCCCCACCCUCCCUUUGACGACAAACCCUGGACACUUCAUUGGGUCCUCACAAUGCGUAGGAAAACAGUGACGCACACUCUUGCACUUUUCACGCUCUCUUUCCAUCACUGGGCAGUUUCAAAUGCCAGCGCCAUUGUUUUUUUUUGUUGUUUUCUUUUUUCUUUUUACUGCCUGGCAUGAGAACACUGGACACUCCCCUCAUUAUUGCCCCCCUCCCUCUUCCUCUCGAGGCAGCAUUGAUGGAUGAACGGGCAAUCUGAUCCCGCCUUGUUGGUCUCUGAAACCAUCGGGCAUGAACGGGUCUCCUGUUCCGGCCCCUUUGAUGGGUGCAGGCGGUCACACACAGAUGUUGUCUGUGCCAGAUCACGUAGCCCGGGGAUUGUUUCUCCAGCCCCCCCCCCCCCUCCUCCGAGGACCUCCGCACACCAGACAAAUUCAGGGUUUUUAAAAGCGCCUGAGAAGGGCGCACUUUUAAGAAGGCAAAUUUCAGCCAAUUUGGUCUUAAGUUUAGCAGGAUUCCCAGGUUAAAGGCUGUUCGGGAGCCUUUUUAAGUUCGUUUUGUUGUGUUAUCAGAUCAGCCCUCUUCCUGUCGUUGCUGGUAUUCUGGCUCUGUUGAGUUAAAUAUCUCCCCCCCCCCCGCCCCCGCGUGGCUGCGGCCCUCUUUUAGCCGGUUGUGUGUUGGCUGUUGUCUGCAGGAGCAGCCCAGCGCCUCAUCCUUCUUCUGUCCUUUUCUUUUUUCCUCCGGCAACUAUCCGGGCAGCGAUGUCGGUCCUUUUGGCUCAUCUGCUCUUUGCACCCGCCUUAAGCAUCUUGGGUUUCUAAGGAGGAACAUUUCAGCGGGCGGCAGCAGGAGUUUUGGAGGGAACCCCCUAAAUCCUCCACGAGACGGCUUCUCCCCACAGCAGCUGUUUUCUGACCUCCGGUAGAGUCUCAGUUUGACCGUUUCUGAGGCUACGAAUCCUCGUUUCUGCCAAGGAUGAGUAGCCCUUCACCUGCCCCCUCAAGGAGGUAUUUUAGAUGUGCAGACAUCUGUAUAUCAACCGUUUAGGCUAACACAGGAGGUGUGGAGACACUCAGCCCUUUGGCUGUGUGUCAGCAAGCAACACGUUUUUAUGUCCAAAGUGAGAAUGAAACUCCCAAAACUCCUGCAGGUCCGUGUGAAACCGUGUGAUCAGUGUUAAACUUAUUCUGUGUGCUACAGAUGUGUCCCCCCCACCCCACCCCCUUAAAGGUACAUUUUCUUUGUUAGGUCAGGUAUCUUUAAAAGUUUGGUUUUGUAAAGUCCCCUCCUGUUUGUUUUUCUGGCUUUCGCAGAUUGCGUUAAUAUUAAUUCAUCUGAGUGCGUAGCUGUUGUGUCCCAUUUGCCACGUCCCUCCCUGAGGAUCCCCCCC